UUAUAGGGAAUUACCGGAGUCCCUUAAGAUAGAAUCUGGCAAGAUGACGCCAUAUGCUUGAGCCUUGCCUAAAGUCCCAUAAGAACUUAAGGGACUUUAGUCUUGCCGGACUCUAUCUUGCCAUACUCUAUCUUAAGGGACUCUAUGUGUAGUAAAAAGUUCCGAAUAUGUAUAUGAUGAAAAUUUUUAAAGCACUAUUUUCUCAGUACGACUAAACAGUAUUUUAAUUUGUUGCAUUUACUUAUGUGAUUUUUAAUAUCUUAUUAUUUCAUUACAUGUUAUCACUAACAAAAAUGGAUGAUGAUGUGGCUGCUUUACAAAGAUUGGAACAUUUAAUGACGGAGUUUUUUUCCCCAGGAGCAACAAAUGAACGAAUUCGAAUAAUCGAACAAAGUUUACACGAAUUUUCAGCACAAAUAAAUGCUUGGAGACCCUGUUUACAUUUUCUCUCUUCGACCAAUAAUUACUAUGUCAGUAUGUUUGCUCUUUCUACUCUUGAGACAACAAUUAAAAAAAGAUGGGCAAUUUUACCAUGGGAGGACAGAGCAUUAAUUAGAUCUACUUUAUAUACUCUUUCUAUGGAGCAUGGUGUAGCACCUUUUGUUAGAAAUAAAGUUGUUAAAUUAGUAGUUGAUAUAGCAAAACACGACUGGCCUCAUUUUUAUCCAGAUUUUUUUUCAAAUAUCUUACAGUUAUUAGGACACAAACAAUCACGACUUUUAGGUUUGGUUUAUUUAAGAACAGCAUCGGAAGAGCUUGCAACUCCUCGGGAAGAUUUAUCUAUUCAAAGGAAAACUGAAUUAUUAAGACUAUUGAAUUCUCAGAUGUCUAUAACUCUUGAAACGUUGACAGUACUCCUUUGCGAAGCAAUAAAAGUUCAAAAUCGGUCAGGUACAAUCACACCACCACCCUCACCUACUAGUGAACAAAAUUUACCUAUUCGUGCAAUUUUAGAUGUAGAAGGUUUAGACAUCGGAAGUCAUGAAGUAUGUAUAGUAACGUUAGAAGUUUUAGCACAUUUAUUUAGUUGGAUUGUUUCUACUGAUUAUAUCUCUGCUAAUCUUCUCAAUGCCAUAUUCUCUUGUGCUAAAUAUCAUGAAUCAAUAAAUAAUAAACAAGUUGAAAUAGUUGUACAAGCUAUGACUACAAUUAAUGAAUUGUUAUAUAGACCAUGUUCUUUGAAUGUAACAGAUGCAUUGCUUUUACAAAUAUUCAAUAACGCUAUGGGCCUUUUUCAAGUUAUUGAUCGUUUGGAAACAAUUAAUGAAAGUUACAUUGAAAAAACAACAGAAUUUUUACAACUUUUAGUAACAAAUCAUUUGAAACGCAUUGAAUCAUGUUCGAAAUUUUCUGUAAACAAUUUUUUAGAAAUUUUAUAUCAUCAUACGUUUCAUCGAAGCUCUGGAAUCAAUGGUUAUUUGCGUUGUCUAGAAAUAUGGAAUACUUUAUUUGAAAGUACUCAAUCAAAAUAUUCAACAGUAGCUUUAGCUUUAGCCGAAAGAAUUUUACAAAAAAUAAGUUUUAAAUCAAAUUCACGAAUCUUGAAAGAUUUAGACACAAAAAUAAUUGACGACAAUGAAGAAACAGAAUGGCAACAUUUUUUGCGAUGUAACAUUGAAUGUUUAGCAAAAAUAUCUGAUAUUAUACCUAUACCUAUUCUUACGCUUUUAUAUCAAUCUUGGUGUGAAAGUUUAGCAAUUUACGGUGAAUUAGGAACAGCAUUAACGAGUGGAAAAGUAAUUAUAUUAAAUGAACAUGAAACUACAAAUAUACAUUUCCAUUUACGAGACCUUGCAUCAAUAACACAGGCAAUAGCACGGCUUUGCUCACUAUUUCUCAAUGAUAAAGAAGAUAUUAAUGAUAACUUAGCAGAAGAGUUGGUGAUUCAAACAUUAGAUGCAUGUAUUUUUUCUCAAGAAAAUCGAUUAUAUCAAGCAGCACUUCAACCAGAUAUUAUUUUGAUUGAUUUAACUGAAGUCCAUUCGCAGUUUUUAGCCUCUCUUCAAGCUUGGUGCCACUGGAUUGUAAAAAAGCCUGAUAAAAAAAAAGAAAACUUGUGUCAAAAAUGUAUAAAAACAUGUUUAUGGGCAUUUAAUUUUCAAACAUGUUAUUUUCCACCUUCUAAUUUACUUCAUUCAGCAGCACAUUUAUUUCAAAGUGUUACUGCCAUCUUAAAACCAAAUUUAUGGAAUCAUGAGAUAUUCAAUAAUUUACUUUCUAUGAGCUAUUGUCCGAAUUUGAAAGUAGAUACGAUCAAAGUAUUACGAAGAGCAUGCACAAAUGGAAUUAUUUUUCCCAUGGGUGACAUUGAUGUCCGACAACGACUUAUGAUGACGUUUAUUUCAACACUUUCAGAGCCACUCAAACAGCCUGACCAAUCUAUCCCAAUAGGAACAAAUGUUACAACUGCCAUUUCAUCUUUGAAACAAUUACUAGAAGAUUGUUGUUCAUCUUCGACAACUAUUAAAAAAUUACUUCAUCAAUGUUUGGAACCUACAAUUCAUCAAAUUCUCGAAUUACUUCCUCAAUUAAUUCAUUCACAACAUACUGCCGAACAUAUUAUGAGUUUUCUACAUGCAUUGUUCUUGGUUCUUCAACAUCAAUUAGGCCCAGAGUUCACACAAAUUACGGUUCAAGCAAUGUUACAUAUUUAUACAACUGAAAAUAUUACAAUAGGAUCCGCUUUAGAUCAACUAUUGGAGAUAUUAAUCCUCAUUAUCUCUGCACCUAGCAAUGCCUUUAAGGUAUUCGUACCUUCUAUUACAAAUUUAUGUUUACAUCAAGUUUGGCCAAUUUUGUGUAAUGAUCUUAACUCUCAACCUGAUACAACUCUGGUUUUUCUUCGAUUAUUUCAUAGUAUUUUAUUACAUCGAUGGCAAUACUUUUAUAAUGCAUCAGUAAUUAGAACAUUUGUAAACCCAGAAAAUGAUGAACCAGUUGAGCACAAAGAAGAACUAAUUGCUAUUUUAGAAAUUUUUGGUGAAGCACUUUUGCAACCAGAUGUCAAUAUUUUCCGACAAAGUCUUCAGAGUUUAGAACAAUUAAAUUCGCGCUGGAGAUUGUAUCAAAAACAAAUUUUCAAAGAUCAUUUAUUGGAAAGAUUUUUAAUGGCUCUUUUUUCUGUAUUAAUUCGAAGAUCGCACAAUUUGUUGGCCGACGAAAUCGCUAUUGCAAUUCACAGUCUUGCAUCUGUAAAUAUUUCGUGGUUUUUCAGUAGCUUUCUCAUGACAUUUUUAGUAAGUUGUGAUGGCUUAGAUGAUACACAACGAGCAACAUUACUUGCUAAUUUCGACAAAUCAAUCGAUCAACCUACUUUAACACAAUCUGUACUUCGAUUUGUAUCUGAUCUACGUUGUUAUGAAAUGUGUCGUCUAUUGUAACUAUAGAAAAGA